AAACGCUUUUGCGCUCACCUGGGGUUGGGUGUGUUGGCGGCGGUCAGACAAGCUUGCCGGAGGACUGUGGGAGGAGCCGCGCGUUCACAUGCAGGGGAGAGGGAGGAGGCGGCAGCAGCAGGCCCUGCAUACACCGGAGGGCACGGAGUGGAAUACGGGAACCCUGGAUUAAUUGUGUAAGGGCUGGGGCGCCGGGAACCGCCGGGCUGGGAUUUUGGCGCAGGAUGAAGGUGACUGUGAGCUUUGGGAGGACGCGGGUCGUGGUACCCUGCGGGGACGGCAACCUUAAAGUUUCCAGCCUCAUCCAGCAAGCGGUGACCAGGUACAAGAAGGCCAUCGCUAAGGAUCCUGGCUAUUGGAUACAAGUUCAUCGUUUGGAGCAUGGAGAUGGAGGCAUUUUGGAUCUUGAUGAUAUUCUAUGUGAUGUGGCUGAUGAUAAAGACAGGCUUGUGGUGAUCUAUGAUGAGCAAGAUCCACAUCAUGGGGGCGAUGGCACCAGCGCUAGUUCUACUGGCACUCAGAGCCCAGAAAUAUUUGGUAGUGAGCUUGGAACCAAUAGCAUGUCUGCCUUCCAGCCUUACCAAGCAGCAAGCGAGAUUGAAGUCACCCCUUCUGUCCUGCGAGCAAAUAUGCCGCUUCAUGUUCGGCGAAGUAGUGAUCCGGCCCUUGUUGGCAUUACCACUUCUGUCAGUGAUUCCAAUUUUACGGCGGACGAGCCCUCCCGGAAAAACCCGUCGCGCUGGUCCACCACGGCAGGUUUCACCAAGAAGAAAUCUUCAGCAGGCAUGGGAGCAAAUGAAAGCAAGGAUGAAGAAGAAGCAGAGGAGAAUAGCCGAGUGGAGCCUGUCGGUCAUGCGGAUACUGGCUUAGAAAGAACAUCAAGUUUCUCCUUAGAUGACAUGUUGAAGCUUGUUGAAGUCUCGAAUGAUGGGGGCCCUUUAGGGAUCCAUGUAGUGCCUUACAGUGCCCGUGGUGGAAGAACCCUGGGAUUAUUAGUGAAGCGAUUGGAGAAAGGCGGCAAAGCAGAACGAGAAAACCUUUUCCAUGAGAACGACUGUAUCGUCCGAAUUAACAAUGGCGACCUGCGGAACAGAAGAUUUGAACAAGCGCAGAAUAUGUUCCGCCAAGCCAUGCGCUCACCCGUGAUCUGGUUCCACGUGGUCCCAGCUGCGAACAAAGAACCCUAUGAACAAUUAUCUCAGAGUGAAAACAACAGUUACUACUCCAGUCAGCACCUACACGACUCUCAGUACAUGGACUCCAGGAAUUUCCCUAGCACUGGCCCAGAUCACACUGCACAGAGAAUGCCCAGACAGAGCAGCCAGGUCGAUCCGUUGGACUCUUACUCACAUCUACCUCAAAGUAUCAAUUCAGCAGGGAAACCACCCACCGGCCUCAAUACGUCCCCACAGCGCACAGUCAGCUCCCCAACUAACAGCGGUUACGGUACCAAAAAGGGAAAGAAGUUUUACAUUCAGCUGAAAAAAGGAGCGGAAGGACUGGGCUUUAGUAUAACGUCCCGCGAUGUUCCCCUCGGUGGGUCGGCACCAAUCUACGUCAAGAACAUUCUUCCUCGAGGCGCAGCUAUUCAGGACGGCAGAAUGAAAGCAGGAGAUAGACUUCUAGAGGUAAAUGGGGUUGAUUUAACCGGGAGAACCCAAGAAGAGGUCGUAUCAUUAUUACGAAGCACCAAGAUGGGCGGAGCAGUAAAUCUUUUGAUUCUUCGUCAAGAAGAUGCAUUCCACCCACGUGAGCUGAAUCCGGAACCAAGCCAAGUACCGAAUGCCAGAGAAUCGAAACUGGAGGAAGAAGAAGAAGAACUUGUUUUGACUCCAGAUGGCACACGGGAGUUUCUUACCUUUGAAAUCCCUUUGAAUGAUUCUGGCUCUGCUGGGCUAGGUGUGAGUGUCAAAGGCAACAGGUCAAAGGAGAACCACGCUGACCUGGGCAUCUUCGUUAAAUCCAUCAUUAAUGGCGGAGCAGCAUCCAAGGAUGGAAGGCUUCGCGUUAACGAUCAGCUUGUAGCGGUCAAUGGAGAGUCUCUGUUGGGCAAAACAAAUCAGGAUGCCAUGGAGACUCUUAGGAAAUCAAUGUCCACGGAAGGUAACAAGCGAGGGAUGAUCCAGCUUAUUGUGGCACGGCGGAUCAAGCGCAGCGAGCUGGAGUCGCCUGGGACCCCUUCAGGCCCUGAAUUGCCCAUCGAAACAAUGCUGGACGACAGGGAACGCAGAAUUUCCCACUCUCUCUACAGCAGCAUCGAGGGGUUUGACGAAUCGCCCACAAGAAACGCCGCUCUGAAUAGGAUAAUGGGUAAAUACCAGCUCUCCCCGACAGUGAAUAUGCCUCAUGAUGACACUGUGAUAAUCGAAGAUGACCGAACUCCUGUGCUACCUUCCCAGCUUUCUAACCACUCAUCUUCCAGCUCACACGAUGAUGUUGGUUGUGUUACUGACUCCACUGGAGCUUGGACUAAAACAGUGGCUAGUGAGUCAACAGAAAGCACUCUCAGUCCAGAUGUUGAUCCAUCACUUGCCUUCCAGAGGGAAGGGUUUGCCCGCCAGAGCAUGUCAGAAAAGCGCACAAAGCAGUUUGGAGAUGCCAGUCAACUGGAUUUUGUUAAGACCAGGAAAUCAAAAAGCAUGGAUCUAGUAGCUGACGAGACUAAGAUCAGUGCAAUGGCUGGCCAAAACUCAGGUUCCCCAACCAGAGACGUCGGGCCUUCAUUAGGCCUUAAGAAAUCCAGCUCAUUAGAAAGUCUGCAAACUGCCGUGGCUGAGGUGACUUUGAACGGUGACAUUCCUUUCCAUCGCCCACGCCCGCGGAUUAUCCGAGGACGGGGCUGCAACGAGAGCUUCAGAGCCGCUAUUGACAAGUCCUAUGACAAGCCAUCAGCUGAUGAUGAUGAUGAAGGCAUGGAGACAUGUACUAACAAAUCAGAGCUGGAGCCAACCAACAGUUCUUCUGAGUGGGUGGAGGAAGACACAGAAGAGAGUUCGAAAUCCGGCCGGGAAUCUCUGUCUACCGCCAGUGAUCAACACUCGCACUCGCUGGAGAGGCAGGUAAAUGGCUCCAGCCAAGACAAGAGCGACAAGAAGAAGGACAGAAGUGGAAAAGAAAAGAAGAAAGAUCGGGAUAAAGAUAAAAACAAGGCAAAGAAAGGGGGGAUGCUAAAAGGCCUGGGAGACAUGUUCAAAAUACAAGCAAAGACGCGAGAGCUCCGGGAAAGGCAAGCUAGAGAAAAGGAUUAUGCGGAGAUCCAAGACUACGCUAAAACGCACGGAAGCCUCGAAGAGUCUCCCUAUGCUGGGGCUGGACUGUAUGACACUUGUAAUAGCGGCACACUACAUUUGAACAACAGGCCCCAAAGUCCAAGGGAUGGAAAGCAAACAGAAGCACUCUAUGCUCAAGUAAAGAAACCGAGAAGCUCAAAGCCUUCACCUGUAGACAGGUAGGCACCAGACAUGAAUCAAUUCUUGCUCUUGAACUGUACCCUCGUAAUGCACAUUCUUUUAGCUGGUGGUUGUGAAUCACUGGCUCUUGACAGCACAAUUCACAUUGCCCUUAACUAUUAAGAACACAUAAAUCUUUUGUAAUGCACUGAUGCUUUUUUAAUGAUCCUAAACUUAUUGAUGUCUCUUCUUGAAAUAAAUUCUUGUAUGGGAGAAACCUUUUAGUUUGAGUCACAUCAGCACUAGAUCUAGUGGCGUAUGGGUCUUUAGCAUCUCAUAGAUGCUCUGGAUGCUGCAUCCUUGAACGGAAGACACUUUGUCAAUUUCUCCAAUUAAAAAAAGACUAUGAAUGACAGAUGAAAUGAGGUAAUAUAGCUUUAAAAGGAUACUGAACGCAGAAAGAGUGAUUGACUUGUUUGGAUUUUCCAGUUGCUUUCAUUUUCUUCAGCUCUCCUCCACAAAAGGGAUUAAUAGAUGAGCAAGAGUAGAGCAUUUAUAGGUAAAUGCCAGCACAAUUGCAUACAGUCAUGUUAAAGGAGAACUUAAAGUUACCAAGGAAGUAGGGUAGACAUGCUACACAUUAUGUUUGAGGUUCUGAUCAACCCCUAUACUUAGCUUCCCAUGAGCUGCUCAGACUACACUGAGCAUGUGUGUGUCACUGACACUUCCAAUACAGAUCAAGAUGGGGUUCUCCUGUGAAGGCCUGGAUCAUUACUGUUAGAGAGAUGUUGAACCUUUAAGCAGGUGCAGUAGCUACACUAUAUAAAUAGAACAUUUCUAACCAUUGUUGUUUUUUAGUGUUCAGUUCUCAUUUAAUUCCAGCUUUCAGUUAAAUGUGAUUUAAUUUUUCAGGUGAUAUUUAUUCACAAAAAUAAUUUUUUUCCUUGAUGUCUUUUCUCCUUUCUCCUUUCCCUGAUGUAUUACUAAUUGUUAACCUCCUCAGCCCAAUGGCACGCCUUGGGCAUAUUAAUAGUUGGCUUAAAACCAGUUUAAAGGUGGAAUCCAUGGGUUUUUUGUCAAUGAAUUCCCUUGCAACAGCAAUUUCUGGUUGUCCUAAUUAGGAGCGUUGUCUCCAUUCAACCCCGGCAGUAUGGGUCUUGUCUUUGCCUCUAGAUGUCAAACAUUUUGAAAUUGUUUUGGGUUUUCUGAUCUUGCUCGGAGACAAAAGACUGCGGAGCGCAUCUGCUUGCAGCUAUAUUUAAUUGGACACUCGCUAAGCAUUACAUUAACUCUUAGGUGAGACCUAAGGCCUCGCUUUCAAAGGGUUUCUUAGAAUGCUGCAAGAGCCAGAUAUCAUCCCUAGGGGCCAUACUAGCAUGCUAUGGUGCGUUUUACAGUUUUUCUAACUAUACUUUGCAAUUAGUUUAGUGCCUAGAGUAAAAAAUCCAGUAGAACAAAAUCAUUUUACUGUACUGCUGAAAAUGUUACUAUUACGUUGUAUUCCUACAAGGAGGACACACACUUAACUAUCUCUGCUACACAAAAAUUCUUACUUGAUUAGGGUCAGUGGAUGAGCCCUUUAAGGUUCAUCCAAUGAGCACUUCUGCCUGGGGGAAUGGCUUCACUGUGCACUUUGUGAUGCAUAAAAAUCUGGAGUGAGGUGCCCAUCACAAUGUAAGGGGAUAAAUUUGACCAUUGUACUUACCGCCUGCUCUAAGGACAAGGUUUGAUAUUCUCCUGUGUCCUCUCUUGUUCUAUAACUUGCAUGCUGCAUGGAAUGGUUGGGUGCAGGAUGGGACGGGGCAUUGCCUUCUUGCUUUCCCCCAUGUUCCCCUCAUGAAUACAGAACUGGGUGUAGAGCCCCGCGGCAGUUUUUCAUACAUGGAAUGCAGUGUGCAAAAUGUGCACAAAUGGCCUAGAAGUCUAACAAAGGCAAAGCUGCCUCCUUGAGCCCCUCCAAAGAACAAUUCAGUGGAUUAUUGUCAUUUCCCUAUUUUAGUUUUGAGGCAUUUGGCAUCACCGUCUUACCUGGCAGAGAUUUUUGCUGUUACUUUUAUGAGCGCGCAGCAGUGCCAUCAACCAACAUUUCCCUGACUCUCAAACAGCUAAAUGAUUCUGCUGGCAAAGCCCUUUCGUGGUGCCGAAUGUUCCAAAGCAAGUCAUAAAUGAAAUUGACUUCGUCACAUCAGGUGCUUCCAGAAUGAUCCGCUCUGAGCCCAGGCGUGCGUUCAUUGCCCCUGAAGGUGUUAUUUGCUUAUGUUUAUUACACGCAGGCAGAGCACAUGUAGCGUUACUGAUGUUUUGCAUCGGGAAAAAGAAAAACACAAGCUACUGGUCCAUAGGGUUUUCCAUCUAAACACUAAUGAUACAGUGCAGUCCUUUCCGUUGGCUGUGGCCUGGACUUCUUAGCGGGAGAUGCGAGGUUACGUUGGAGACAGAAGUGCGAUUUCUGCCGCUACUCAAUCAAUUGGCACCUAGAGUGCUUUGUCCACAAAAGUAUAAUUGAAAUAAAAUGGGCUUUAAACUGCAGUAAAUCUAAAUAGCCUGCAAAUAGUAGGCUAACCACCCCUAGCUUUCUGAGGAUGCUUUAAUGGACACAUAAAUACCAUAAUCAUAUGUUUUUUUUGUGCACAUUUGGCCACUGUUGGGAAAAUGCCCAUUUUAAACAUAAGACCUUCAGUGAACUGUAUUUUUCCAUACUGCAAGUGCAAUUCAUUCAUGUCAAUGGGAAAUUGUUUGAGAGUAGAAAAGAAAAGUAGGUUUCCCAGAAUGAUCUUUUGUAUUGCUCAUGCCCUUCACUCAUACAUCAACCCCCCCGUCCCCCCCAAAUGGGAUCUCUGUGAUUUAACGAUCAUGUAAAAAGUAUUAAUCAGGCAAAAUGAACAAAUACUGAAAGGUGACAAGUCACUGGGUUGUCCUAAAGGAUCGUCCAAUACUGUAGAGGUGACUUUCCAAGCAAUAAGGGAUCAGCAAAUAGCAUUUAAUGAUCUAGUAAGAUUAGAACAAGGGCAGCAAACAUCCUAUGGUUACUAUAUGGGGUGACUUAUACUUCUGCAUCUGGAAGGCCUUCAUUGUACGCUACUUUAGUUUCUCCUUUUAUUUCUCCCAACCUUUUUUGCUUGCUAUUCAGCACUUUUGAAAUCCCAGUUCCUUAUUAUGUUGAUUCACAUGUGCUAAAGAGGACAAUUAUGCCCCUCUGUUGUUUUGUUAAAGCCCAUGUACCAAAUUUAGCUUAGACCGUUUAAGACCAUAAAUUUAGCUUAGACCAUUUAUAAAAAAAAAAAUAAAAACCUGAAAGUGCCAAUAUUUUGAUCUUUCUCAAAAAAAUAUGCCAGUGCCCUCACCCUACUGUCAUGGUAGGAUCUCAAAAGAUGAUCAAAGAAUACAACUAUUAACCUGGCCAUACACAUACUAAUAAUAUCAUUUUGUACUUAUUGAUAUGGUGUAUGAUGCUCCUCAUAAGUUCUGUUUUCCUCUGGCCCAUGGGCCCAUCAAAUUGAUAGGGUACAUGCUCAUCCCAUGUAUGGCCACUUUUAGGCUCAUGGGCAAGAUCUGUUUUGCAAUUUGUGUCCCUGCAGCUUCCCAAUAUCCUCCAUCGUGUUUGCCAUACUUUUUCUUGUGCCGUGUUGGACUAUUCGCGUGAACCUCAAAAGCACUAGAAACAGACUAUUUCUAAUUACAGUAAGGAUGCUCUUAGGGGGUCUUUGUGGGCACUCGGUAAUUGAGCAUGCAAGCCACAAGUCAUAAUCAUGCCACUUAUUUUUGCAACUACAGGUAUGGGACCUGUUAUUCAGAUUGCUCAGGCUUUGGGGUUUUCCGAUUGAAGGAUCUUUCCAUAACUUAAGUCUACUUGGAAAUCAUUUUAAC